CAGAACCAUCCAUGUGGAGCAAUAAACGAGCCUUUAACGACUCAAGAGCUCGCCAAUGCAGUGGAUGUGCCGAUCAUGGCGGUUGGUAUAGAGGAAAGCCCUGAGGAAAACGGAGAUGGAGGCAUUGUGGCUGAAGGAGGUGUUAAUGGAGUCGCAGAAUGCGGAGAAGCGGUUCGGAGAAAGACAGGGAUAUUACAGAGAUCACUGGACUUUUCGGCUUCUUCAGAGCCUGCUCCAAAACGAGGAAGAGGGAGGCCUCGUGGUUCUGGUGGGAUUGCUGUAGUCACAGCUGGAAGAAACUUCACUCCUCAUGCAAUGACCGUACACACAGGAGAGGAUAUUGCCCAGAAGAUAUUGUUCUUUUCUCAGAGGUGUCCUCACUCCAUCAGCAUUCUUUCUGCAACCGGUUCUGUCUCUAGAGUAGAUAUUCACCAACCUGGUUCUUGUGGUAGUAUUCUAAGAUAUGAGGGUUGUUUUGAGAUAUUAACCUUAUCUGGAUCACAUACUUAUAAAGAAAUGGGGGGUGUACAUCAUAAGAUCCGCUCAUUAAGUGUAUCAUUAGCUAAUCCUGAUGGGAGAGUUUUUGGAGGUGCCAUUGCAGGUUCGUUCAUCGCCGAUGGGCCAAUUCAAAUCAUUCUAGCCAGUUUCAAGCAAAACAUGAAACAACAACUCAAGUUGAGGCAAUGCAUGGAUUCGAUAGCCACAGACAUGCUUUGUAAUGCGGAUACUGUUACAGCUCAGGCACCUAAAGGGUAAAACAACAGACUCGUCAGACAACUGCCAAACACCCACUUCUUCACUUCGGAAACCACCCAUAGAAUGACAUGGCAUCUCAUCAAUAUCGAAAUGAGAAUAAUGGUUCUUACCAAAAUGAUGGUUUGAACACCUUACAGCCCUCAGCCCAUGUCUGAUCACAGUACGUUUGACAUCUAUGUUUGUGGUCCUGCUAUAUGAACAAUUUCCAUCAUCUCUCCCUCCCUCCCCCUCAAGCAAGUGCA